UGGGGGUCUCAGACAGGCGGGGGCAGCUGGGCUGGAGGCCCUCGGGGCGCCGGAGUCGGUGGGACCGGGGACCCUGAAAAGGCUGGGGUUGAGGGCUGGGUCCCCAGGGUGGCAGGGGUCGGGUGGGACAGCGUCCCCGGAUGGGCAGGGGCCCGUGAGCCCCAGGGUGGGAUGCCUGCUGCUGUGCCCCUGGGCAGGGGAAACUGGGGGUCUCAGACAGGGCUGGGAGCCCCACGAGGCGGGACUGGGGUCGGUAGGACUGAGGGGUAGGUGUAGGGCCCAGCCAAGGUAUGGUGCUAGUGCUGACUCCCAGCGUGGCCGGGAGGCCCUGGAUGGCUGUGCUGCUUUGAAAACUGGCCUCUGGACACCUGCCCCGGGUAGCGGACAGGCUGCAGGAUUUGAGUCAACUGCCUGGUCAGGAUGAGCUGGAGUUUCCUGACGCGGCUCCUGGAGGAGAUCAACAACCACUCGACCUUCGUGGGCAAGAUCUGGCUGACCGUCCUCAUUGUCUUCCGCAUCGUGCUGACGGCCGUGGGGGGAGAGUCCAUCUACUACGACGAGCAGAGCAAGUUUGUCUGCAACACGCAGCAGCCGGGCUGUGAGAACGUCUGCUACGACGCCUUCGCGCCCCUGUCCCACGUCCGCUUCUGGAUCUUCCAGAUCAUCAUGGUGGCGACGCCGUCGGUGCUCUACCUGGGCUUUGCCAUGCACCGCAUCGCUCGCAUGCCCGAGGCCUCGCGGCGCCGGCCGCCGUCAGCCCGGCGGGCGCGCAUGCCGGUGGUGCGCCGGGGAGCCGGGCGAGACUACGAGGAGGCAGAGGAUGACAAUGAGGAAGACCCCAUGAUCUUCGAGGAGAUCGAGGUGGAGAAGGAGAAGAGCCCAGAGGGCGGAGAGAAGCAUGAUGGCCGGCGCCGUAUCAAGCAGGACGGGCUGAUGCGUGCCUAUGUCCUACACUUGCUGUGCCGCUCCGUGCUGGAGAUGGUUUUCCUCUUCGGGCAGUACCUGCUGUACCGCUUUGAGGUGAGCCCCUCCUACGUGUGCAGCCGCAGCCCCUGCCCGCACACUGUCGACUGCUUUGUCUCCCGCCCCACAGAGAAGACCAUCUUCCUCCUCAUCAUGUACGCCGUCAGCGGGCUCUGCCUCUUCCUCAACCUCUGCGAGCUCUUGCAUCUUGGUGUGGGGCGUAUCCGUGAUGCCCUGAGCCAAGCUGAUGGGCCCCCACUCCCAACUGGCGGCAGUCCUGCACCACAGUACCCCAAAAAGGCCCCCAGCGCCCCCCCCACCUACCACUCACUGAAGAAGGAGAUGCCACAAGCCCCACUGACCAACAGCAAGCUGGACUACCGGGAGAGCCUGGCCCAGGGGCGCUUCGCCCUGGCCGGAGCUCCCCCGGUGCACGAGCUGGACCGGCUGCGUGAGCACCUGCGGCUGGCCCAGGAGCACCUGGAGGUGGCCUUCCACCUGCAGCCCCCGCCACGGCCCCCCAGCCCUGCCCGCAGCAGCAGUCCCGAGGCCAACGGCAUCGCCGCCGAGCAGAACCGCCUCAACCUCGCCCACGAGAAGGGGACCGCCGCCUGCGACAGGAGCACGGGGCUGUGAGUGUCGCCAGGGACGACAGCGUGUCUGCCGGAGUGGCUGCCACCGCCACCGUGGGACAGGCGUCCUGCCAGGAGCACAGGGCCAAGGAUGCCACACGCCUGCCCAGCGGGGCAGUCUGGGCAGCCCUGCCCAGUGGGCAGCAGAGGGGUCAGGGGCCAUGGGGUUCAUUCCUACUUAAUUUUCAAAAAGGGAAUAUCUUAUUUUUGUACGUUUUUAUAAACUCAUCAACAUGU